UAGUUUUUGAGCUUAACUGAACAGCAACAACUCCACAAACCAGAGAUGGCAGAGUUAAUUUUAAAGUUUUUUUCUUUGCUUUUUCUGUCAUCAUUUCUCUUGAUUAUUUUGAAUUUAUUAGACAAUAGAAUACAAAGUAUCAGCUGGUCAACCUUCAUAGAUGACAGUGAAUCGGAAGACUUUGUGAUUGAGAGGUACAGGGCAUACUGGAAAAGAAAAUUAAAAUCAGGACCUCCACAUCCCGACUUUAGCAGAAGACUUGAAGCAAAAAUAGCCGAUUCAGCAAAAAACAACACAACACAACGCAUUGUAGCUGAGACCCCCAUGGCUCUCCUCUACAAAAAAGACUUCAAGAAGCUUCCUCAGUGGGAUUUUGAAGAUGUUUACAGUGAAGAUACUCAACAUAGACGACCAACAUGUGCUCAGUCUCUACGAAACUCUCAGGAUGAGAAAUUCAAGAAGGCUUUUCUUCCUAACAUACGUUUGUUUCUGCACAAAGACAACAUUAACAUGAGCGAGUGGAAUCGACUUUCACAUUUCAACAAUCCUUUUGGGUUUAUGGACUACAAAUAUGAUGAUGUGAUGGAUUCAGUGAAGCUGAUUCCAAAGCCAAAAGAGCCACUGCUUCUCCCAAAACCAGGUGGUGAUGGCUGUGUGCGCUGUGCUGUGGUGGGUACUGGACGAAUCCUGAACGGCUCAAAGAAGGGUGCGGAGAUCGAUGGCCAUGAUUACGUUUUUCGGAUCAAUGGUGCCGUCAGCAAGGGUUAUGAGGAGGAUUUAGGAAACAAAACAUCAGUGUACGUUCACACAGCCCACUCCAUCACUACAUCACUCAAGAAGUAUGGGUAUAAAUCUGCCCCUCAUGAUGAGGGUAUAAAAUAUGUGAUCAUUCCUGAGGGGAUGAGGGAUUUCCAGUGGCUCAAGGGUCUUCUCAGAGGAGAAAAGGUCUCUGCUGGCCCAUACCGCAAUAAGCUGCCAAGGGACUACUAUUCAAGGCAGUACAACGAGAGUCAUUUCUACGUUCUGCACCAGGACUUCCUCCGAUAUGUGCGGAACAGGUUCUUACUGUCACCUAAUUUGAAUAAAACAUUCCAGCCUUUAGUCAGACCAACCAAUGGGGCAUUCACUCUCUUCUUGGCCCUGCACACCUGUGACACAGUGGAUGCAUAUGGAUUUACGACUGAUGACUACAUAAAAUACCCUAGCUACUAUGUUGAGAAACACAUGAGCAAAGUCACGUUCUACCGCAACCAUGAUUAUAUUCUGGAGGAGAAUACAUGGAAAGACCUUCAUACCAGGGAAAUAAUGUGGCUGUAUCAAAGAACUGAGUCAAAGAAAGAGAAGGAAAAGCAACACUGACAUGAUCUUAACAACAGUAAUUAUAUAUAGAGAUUUUUGUUUCCGCAAAAUAAAAUCAAGCAUUUGCCAUAGUGGCAAACACUACACAUGGUUUUACUCAUUAUGAUAUCGGUGUUUUUUUUCUCUCCAAGUCCAUUUGUGGCAUUAUCAAAAGCAAAAGACGACUGAGCAGUCAAGAGGCAAACUAAACCAAAGCUGAUUUGCCCCUGACAAUCACAUUACCUCAACCAUGUUUGACUGUUGAUAUGGUAUUCUUUUUAUGAAAUGCUGUGUUAGUUUUAUGCCAGAUGUAAUGUGAGUCAAACAUUCUUAAAAGUUCUGAUUUUCUCUCGUCAGUCCACAGAAUGUUUUUAUAAAAGUCUUGCGAAUUAUCAAGAUGUUUAUUGGGAAAUGUAAGAUGAAUUUUUGUGUUCUUUUUGGUCAGCAGUGGUUUUCUUGAUUCAGUAGGCAGUAAUCAGGCCUCAGUGUGGUUUGUGAUUUUAAACUCAGGUUUCCAAGGAAAUGUGGUUAAUCACAGUUAAUUCACAAGUUAACAAUCAGGGGCAAUUCCUUUUCACUUUUCACCACAUAGAUUUGGAUAUUUUUAUUUUCCUUUAAUAAAUGUAAAUUAACAACUACUAGAUUUCCUAGGACUAUCUAUGCCUGACCUUACAUUUGAAUGAUCUGUAGUAAGGGUAACAAAUCUGCAAAAAACUGUAAUCAGGAAAAAAACAUGGAAUGCAAUGACAGUAAAAUGAAUCUAUUUAUAAAUGUUCAUAAACGUUUUCCAAACAAAAUGUUUACUUUCAACUUCAGAAAAAAUAUAAAUGUUGUAAAGUAAUGAAAUAUAUUUAAUUGCAUGUGUGCUUAUUUGAAUACUUCAUGUUAUUUCAGAAUUUUUUGGACAUUGUGCAUGUAACAUUAUGUAUAAAACUACAAUAUGAAAGAAAUAAAGCUGACCUUUGUGUGAUG